GCGGAGGGGACUGCACCUGCGCUCCCUACUGCACAGCCUGGAGCUGGCACCGCCGCCCCCUCCCCGUGUCCGUGCAGUACAAACAAUGAGCCUGCCAGGAGCAGCCUGCCCCGCUGCAUAGAAAGGACCCGGAGACCUUCCUCCUCCAACAGGGGAGAAGCCAAGAAGACAGGGGUUAAAAUGAAUGAAGAUCUGAAGGCUAAUUUAAGCUGGCUGCCUCAAGAUCAUUUAGAAACCAGCGCUACAGAGAAUGUCUCAGCUGCAGUCUCCUCCCUGAUUCCUGUCGUAGACCCAGAACCAGAGCUCAUAGUAAACCCCUGGGACAUUGUUUUGUGUACUUCAGGAACCCUCAUCUCCUGUGAAAAUGCCAUUGUGGUCCUUAUUAUUUUCCAAAAUCCUAAUCUCCGUGCCCCCAUGUUCCUUCUGAUAGGCAGCCUGGCACUUGCAGACCUCUUAGCAGGAAUUGGAUUGAUCAUCAAUUUUAUUUUUGCUUAUCUUCUACAAUCGGAAGCUACAAAACUGGUCACUAUUGGACUCAUUGUUGCCUCUUUCUCUGCAUCAGUCUGCAGCUUGCUGGCUAUUACUGUUGAUCGUUACCUCUCAUUGUAUUAUGCUUUGACUUAUAAUUCAGAAAGAACUGUCACUUUUACCUAUAUCAUGCUUAUUUUGCUCUGGGGAGCAUCUAUCUGUAUUGGACUGCUGCCUAUAAUGGGCUGGAACUGCCUCAAAGAUGAAUCCACCUGCAGCGUUAUCAGACCACUCACUAAAAAUAAUGCAGCUAUCCUUUCAGUCUCUUUCUUGCUCAUGUUUGCUCUCAUGCUGCAGCUCUACAUUCAAAUUUGUAAAAUCGUGAUGCGCCAUGCCCAUCAGAUUGCCUUGCAACACCACUUCCUGGCCACAUCCCAUUAUGUGACCACCCGAAAAGGAGUAUCUACUUUGGCUAUUAUUUUGGGGACCUUUGCUGCUUGUUGGAUGCCUUUUACACUCUAUUCUUUAAUAGCAGAUUACACUUAUCCUUCAAUAUAUACCUAUGCCACCCUCCUGCCAGCCACCUACAAUUCCAUCAUUAAUCCUGUAAUAUAUGCUUUUAGAAACCAGGAAAUACAAAAAGCAUUUUGGCUCAUCUGCUGUGGUUGUAUUCCCUCUAGCCUGUCUCAAAGAGCAAGAUCACCCAGUGAUGUUUGAUUAACAGCCAGCCAUGAGGACUUUAAUUAACAUUUUGUUUUUCAGACAUUCCUGCAACAAUCUUCAGUUAGAUACAUUCCUUAGAUUAUACAUAUCUGAUUCAUAUUCAAACCAUAGGAUGCACUGAGCCUUUUGAAAAGACAAACCCCAUUAACUGAAAUGAACUCACUGGUUUAAGGAAGAUUUCCAAAAUCAAAAUGAUUAGUGUUCUUUCAAAUUGUAUUAAUGCUCAGGUUCUAUGAAUGGACUAAACCAGUCAUUCACAUUUACUGUGAUUUUAUGUUAACUUUGUUAGUCAAAAAAAAAAGGUAGACUGAAGAGUUGUAGCCUUUUAAAAAAAUAGUUUGUGUUUGAGCUUCAUUAUACCACAUGAUUUUUCUGUUGCCAAAAAUUCUCUCUCUCUUAGCCUUAGUGGAAUAGUAAAGAGAACGAUAUCCUUAGUUCUGUUAAAAUAAAGUAAAAUGUAAAUCUUCAAUUUCAAAGUAAUGGCCCAAUUUCUAUUGAUUCGUUUGGCAUUUAUUGUAAUACUUUCCAAACCAUUAAUGUGCUAAAAUGAGGAAGUAGUUGUAUAGGUUUACUGGUUUAUGUCUCAGUAUAAAUUAACUGGACCAUUAUUCUAAAAUGUUACCUAUUUUCUCAUGAGUUCUAGAUGUUGGAAUAGAAUGUAUGCUUUGUUUUUACUACUCUCUUCUUCCUUUUAAAAAAAUCAACUAUACAUUUUUUAAAUAUAGGACAUCAGGGCCUGUUGUAGCAUGGAUUUUUAAGCAGAAUUCCUCAUUUAAAAUGAUGGGGAGAUUCUGCUCAGAUAUCUAUGGCACAAUACAGCCUCUAGGAAUUAUGCAUUGUAAUAAGUGCAGUAGUAUUUUAAGUUUCUUUGACAGAUUCAUAUUUUUAGAAGUGCAUAAGGAAAUAUUUAAUAAAAUAACUUGCUUAAAAUAGUAUAUAUUUAGUAUUUACAGUAAAUGGUUCCCUAAAAUUUAUCAUCAACAUACAACUGUUAUUUCAUGCUCUCAUUGUCCUGCUAUGGUUUCAGAAUCUGAAACGUUUAAAAAAUUUUCUGAGCAUGUCCGGUUCAUAAGUGUAUGUGGCAAAAAUGUCUAUGGAACAUAUUCCCUGCUAUUCUAGCAGUUUCAUCUUUGAAUCCAUCACAUAUGAUGAUGCUCAGUACUGUAUGCAUAUCAUUUCAGUUCAUUUCAGGAUGGUAGUCUUGGUGUAAAAGGAAGACCUUCCUUUCAUGAAUAGGUUAAGCUGCUUCUGAUUUUUUCCCCUGAAGCCACAUUGGAAUGCAUUAGAACAAAAAUGUUUAUUUUUAUUAACAAUGUUGUAUCGACAGAAGAAAAAUCUCACUGGAAAAAACUGAUUUUGGAUGUCUUUGUUAAACAUGAGGUAUAUUCUCAUAUCAGUGAAUGGGAAUUUAUAGUAAAACUUCCAUUAGUGCUAGUGGAAGUUACAUAUAUAAAUGCCUAGGCACCAAUAUGGAGUUAUAGUUGCCUGAAUGUUAUAGAAAAUAUACUAUAUUGUUGCUUCAUUAUCUUCCAUUAUAGUUUUUAAAAAUAGUUGAUGAAAAAUAUGUGGUAUAGAGUGUAUACAUUACUAUAUUGCUGCCAUUCAAUCUUUUCUAGUGGUAUCUUUCUUUUCAUGUAAACUUUUGGAACACUAGCUCUUGAGGCAAACCUCUGUGACAUGAAUAAUCCAUGUGCUAUACCCAGAACUAAAUUUCAAAUGAUAGUUACUUGCAUAUUAACAGAGAUCUGUGAAGGUUUUAACAGCAAUAAUUUAUUUUGGUUUCAAUGCCAGAUUCAACCAUUAUUUACUUGGUUCAUUCCUCAUGGUAUCUGGCUAUUACUUUUCAUUAAUCUAAUCAAAUUUAAUAUUGUAUUGCCAUAUCUUGACAGGGCCAUGCUUUUGCAACUCCCAUUGGCUUCAUAGGGACUUGUAGAUACUCAGUACCACUGAAAUCUCCUCUCAAACUAUAAGGCCUGUGUUAUUUGUGAAUAUAAAUGAAAUUUUAGCAAUUUAAUUUAUAUUGGUUAUAGGAAAUCAUCA